UGGGAGGUGCUGUGGCUUGGGGUGUUUGUGUCACUCCGGGAAUGUCCCCCCAGGUGUCCCUCAUGUCGCCACAACUGUCCCUGUGUCGCCGCGGGUCUCCCUGUGCCCCCCUCGUGUGUGUCCCUGUGUCCUUCAGGUGUCCCCAGAGAUGUUCCUGUGUCCCCUACUGGUGUCCGUGUGUCCCCGGGAAUGUCCCCUGGGUGUCCCCCGGGUGUCUCUCUCCCUGCUCUGUGUCACCGUGGGUGUCCCCAGGAUGUCCCUGUCCCCCUGCAUCCCCCCAUGCGUGUCCCUUGUGUGACCCCAGGGUGACUCCACAUCCUCCCCGCGGGUUCUUCCCCUUGGACAUCCCCUCAGCUGUCCCUAUGUCCUGUGUGUCCCCAUGGAUGUCCCCAUGGAUGUCCCCGCAUCCUAUGCCAUGUGCCUGUGUGUCCUUGCUGUCCCCAGAGAUGUCCCUGUGUCCCCCCGUGUGUUCCCCGCGGCUGUCCCCGUGUUUCUCCACAAUGUCCCUGGUUGCCUCUGCGUGUCCCCAUGUCCCCGUUUUCCCGCAGGACGAUGCCGGUGACCCUGGAACUGCGGCUCCUUCUGCUGGCGCUGGCGCUGCGGGGUGAGGCCGUGUCCCCCUCGGUGUCCCCCUCGGUGUCCCCCUCGGUGUCGCCUGCCGAGCCGCCCUCCGAGACGUGCGGGGCAGCGCUGGCCGAUGUGCUGCGGCGGCUGCGGGAGCUCGAGGGACACGUGCAGGCGCUGAGGGGACACUGCGGGGACACGGGGGGACCCCAGGCCGGCACAGGCCGGUCGGUGCAGCUCUGUGCCCCCCCCGCCGGCGGGGGCUGUGCCUGCCCCGCCCCGUCGGGCCAGGCCCCCCCCCCGGCCCCGCCGCCCCCGCCGUGUCCCCGCGGCUGCAGUGACCAGGGCCGGUGCGAGCGCGGCCGCUGCCGCUGCUUCCCGGGCUUCAGCGGCCCCGACUGCGCCAGCCCCGCCUGCGCCCCGGGCUGGGGCGGGACCCGCUGCGACAUCGAGGUGCCCUGGGUGACACCACGGUUGGCCUCCCGCACCCCGACGUCCCUGCGCAUCUCGUGGCCCCAGCCCCUCGUUCCUCCUGAUGGCUACCGGGUGACACUUGUCCCCCUGGAUGACCCUGUGGCCAUGACAACGCACGAGCUGCCCAGCUCUGCUGUCGCCUUCUCAGUGACAGGGCUGUCCCCAGGCCGCCCCUUCGAGCUGCUGGUCCAAGCCCGGCGGGGGCCACACCUGGGGGCACCCGGGGUGCUGCGUCUGCGCACAGCUCUCAUCCCACCUGUGCCCCACUACGAGGGGUCCCCAGGGUCGCCUCAGGGCUCCCUGGGGUCCCCAGCAGUGGCACCAUCAGCCCGAGAGCCCCCAGAGUCCCCAGGGUCCCCAGGAUCACCAGUGUCACCCCUAUCACCAGACUUGUCCUUGGGAUCACCCACGUCUUUGGGGUCACCAGCAUCCCCAGCAGCUCGAGGGUCCCUGGGGUCCCCAGCACCCUCGAGGUCAUCAGUGUCACCACAAUCCCCAGAGUCACCAGCAUCACCAGAAUCCCCAGGGUCACCAGUGUCACCAGAUUUCUCGGUGUCACCAGCGUCCCCAGAGUCCCCAGUGUUUCCAGGGUCCACGCCACCGCCGUGGUCCCCAGUGUCCCCACUGUCCCCAGGCAUCCCCUCCCUGCAGGACCUGGUGGCCCGGCUGUCCACGUACAGUGGCUCCCUGCUCCAGCGCCUCGAGAGCCACCUCAGGGCCACCAACUACCCACUCCGUGGCAACCAGACAGUGCCAGGGGUGGCCCGUGCCAUCCUGGCCUACAUCCUGCGCCGACACCCCGCCCUGGGGAGGGGACAGGGAUCCACGGGGGAGAGUGGAAACCAGGAGCCAGUGCCGGAAUGGGGGGACAUGGAUGGGGUGAAGCUGACAGAGCCAUGGAGGGACGUGGGGAAAACAGCUGCAGAAGAGCCAGAGGAACUGCCCCUGCCCUCAGAGGAGCAAAAACAUCCGAAACUUCAAACUGAGACACCCCCAUCUGAUGCCCUCCCGGUGCAGGCGGUGCUGGGGGAGCUGAGGGUGUCCAGUGUCAGCCCAGACUCUGUGCAGCUGCAGUGGAGCGUCCCCAGGGGCUCCUUUGACUCCUUCACGCUGCAGUACCGGGAUGCCCAGGGCCAGCCCCAGGCCCUGCCCAUGGAUGGAGGGUCCCGCUGGGUGACAGUGCCAGGGCUGUCACCAUCCCGCCGGUACCGCUUCCACCUCUACGGGCUGAGGGGAGGGAAGAGGAUUGACCAUGUCUCCACUGAGGUCACAACAGCUGCAGAAGAGCCAGAGGAACUGCCCCUGCCCACAGAGGAGCCACAGCAUGAGAAACCCCAAACUGAGGCACCCACAUCUGAGGCUGCUCCAGUGCAGGCGGUGCUGGGGGAGCUGAGGGUGUCCAGUGUCAGCCCAGACUCUGUGCAGCUGCAGUGGAGCGUCCCCAGGGGCUCCUUUGACUCCUUCACGCUGCAGUACCGGGAUGCCCAGGGCCAGCCCCAGGCCCUGCCCAUGGAUGGAGGGUCCCGCUGGGUGACAGUGCCAGGGCUGUCACCAUCCCGCCGGUACCGCUUCCACCUCUACGGGCUGAGGGGAGGCAAAAGGACUGACCGUGUCUCCACUGACAUCGUCACAGCGAGUGAAGACCCUUUGCCCUUAGAGAAGCCCCAAGAGGAGAAGCUGCAGACCGAGUCUCCUUCAUCUGAGGCACCCCCGGUGCGACCAGCGCUGGGAGAGCUGAGGGUGUCCAGUGUCAGCCCAGACUCUGUGCAGCUGCAGUGGACAGUCCCUGAGGGCUCCUUUGACUCCUUCACGCUGCAGUACCGGGAUGCCCAGGGCCAGCCCCAGGCCCUGCCCAUGGAUGGAGGGUCCCGCUGGGUGACAGUGCCAGGGCUGUCACCAUCCCGCCGGUACCGCUUCCACCUCUACGGGCUGAGGGGCAGGAAGAAGAUUGAUCAUGUCUCCACUGAGGUCACAACAGCUGCAGAAGAGCCAGAGGAACUGCCCCUGCCCACAGAGGAGCCGCAGCAUGAGAAACCCCAAACUGAGGCACCCACAUCUGAGGCUGCUCCAGUGCAGGCGGUGCUGGGGGAGCUGAGGGUGUCCAGUGUCAGCCCAGACUCUGUGCAGCUGCAGUGGAGCGUCCCCAGGGGCUCCUUUGACUCCUUCACGCUGCAGUACCGGGAUGCCCAGGGCCAGCCCCAGGCCCUGCCCAUGGAUGGAGGGUCCCGCUGGGUGACAGUGCCAGGGCUGUCACCAUCCCGCCGGUACCGCUUCCACCUCUACGGGCUGAGGGGCAGGAAGAGGAUUGACCAUGUCUCCACUGAGGUCAUGACAGCGAGUGAAGAACUCCUGCCCUCAGAGGAGCCCCAGCAGGAGAAGCCCAAAACUGACUCCACUGCAUCUGAGGCACCCCCAGUUCGACCAGCGCUUGGAGAGCUGAAAGUCUCCAGUGUCAGCCCAGACUCUGUGCAGCUGCAGUGGAGCGUCCCCAGGGGCUCCUUUGACUCCUUCACGCUGCAGUACCGGGAUGCCCAGGGCCAGCCCCAGGCCCUGCCCAUGGAUGGAGGGUCCCGCUCGGUGACAGUGCCAGGGCUGUCACCAUCCCGCCGGUACCGCUUCCACCUCUACGGGCUGAGGGGAGGCAAAAGGACUGACCGUGUCUCCACUGACAUCGUCACAGCGAGUGAAGACCCUUUGCCCUUAGAGGAGCCCCAAGAGGAGAAGCUGCAGACUGAGUCUCCUUCAUCUGAGGCACCCCCGGUGCGACCAGCGCUGGGAGAGCUGAAAGUCUCCAGUGUCAGCCCAGACUCUGUGCAGCUGCAGUGGACAGUCCUUGAGGGCUCCUUUGACUCCUUCACGCUGCAGUACCGGGAUGCCCAGGGCCAGCCCCAGGCCCUGCCCAUGGAUGGAGGGUCCCGCUGGGUGACAGUGCCAGGGCUGUCACCAUCCCGCCGGUACCGCUUCCACCUCUACGGGCUGAGGGGAGGGAAGAGGAUUGACCAUGUCUCCACUGAGGCUGAGACAGCCACAGACAAGCCAGAGGAGCCACCCUCACCAUCAGAGGAGCCCCAAAGUGAAGCCCCACCAACUGAGGAGCAGCCUGAGCAGCCCCAAACUGAGCAGCCCCAAACUGAGCAGCCCCAAACUGAGCUCCCCCCGGUGCGACCAGUGCUGGGGGAGCUGAGGGUGUCCAGUGUCAGCCCAGACUCUGUGCAGCUGCAGUGGAGCGUCCCCAGGGGCUCCUUUGACUCCUUCACGCUGCAGUACCGGGAUGCCCAGGGCCAGCCCCAGGCCCUGCCCAUGGAUGGAGGGUCCCGCUGGGUGACAGUGCCAGGGCUGUCACCAUCCCGCCGGUACCGCUUCCACCUCUACGGGCUGAGGGGAGGCAAAAGGACUGACCGUGUCUCCACUGACAUCCUCACAGCGAGUGAAGAACUCCUGCCCUCAGAGGAGCCCCAGCAGGAGAAGCCCAAAACCGAAUCCCCUGCAUCUGAGGCACCCCCAGUUCGACCAGCGCUGGGAGAGCUGAAAGUCUCCAGUGUCAGCCCAGACUCUGUGCAGCUGCAGUGGACAGUCCCUGAGGGCUCCUUUGACUCCUUCACGCUGCAGUACCGGGAUGCCCAGGGCCAGCCCCAGGCCCUGCCCAUGGAUGGAGGGUCCCGCUGGGUGACAGUGCCAGGGCUGUCACCAUCCCGCCGGUACCGCUUCCACCUCUACGGGCUCAGGGGAGGGAAGAGCAUUGACCAUGUCUCCACUGAGGCUGUGACAGCCACAGACAAGCCAGAGGAGCCACCCUCACCAUCAGAGGAGCCCCAGAGUGAAGCCCCACCAACUGAGGAGCAGCCUGAGCAGCCCCAAACUGAGCAGCCCCAAACUGAACUCCCCCCAGUGCGGGCAGUGCUGGGGGAGCUGAGGGUGUCCAGUGUCAGCCCAGACUCUGUGCAGCUGCAGUGGAGCGUCCCCAGGGGCUCCUUUGACUCCUUCACGCUGCAGUACCGGGAUGCCCAGGGCCAGCCCCAGGCCCUGCCCAUGGAUGGAGGGUCCCGCUCGGUGACAGUGCCAGGGCUGUCACCAUCCCGCCGGUACCGCUUCCACCUCUACGGGCUGAGGGGAGGCAAAAGGACUGACCGUGUCUCCACUGACAUCCUCACAGCGAGUGAAGACCCUUUGCCCUUAGAGGAGCCCCAGGAGGAGAAGCUGCAGACCGAGUCUCCUUCAUCUGAGGCACCCCCGGUGCGACCAGCGCUGGGAGAGCUGAGGGUGUCCAGUGUCAGCCCAGACUCUGUGCAGCUGCAGUGGAGCGUCCCCAGGGGCUCCUUUGACUCCUUCACGCUGCAGUACCGGGAUGCCCAGGGCCAGCCCCAGGCCCUGCCCAUGGAUGGAGGGUCCCGCUCGGUGACAGUGCCAGGGCUGUCACCAUCCCGCCGGUACCGCUUCCACCUCUACGGGCUGAGGGGAGGCAAAAGGACUGACCGUGUCUCCACUGACAUCGUCACAGCGAGUGAAGAACUCCUGCCCUCAGAGGAGCCCCAGCAGGAGAAGCCCAAAACCGAAUCCCCUGCAUCUGAGGCACCCCCAGUUCGACCAGCGCUGGGAGAGCUGAAAGUCUCCAGUGUCAGCCCAGACUCUGUGCAGCUGCAGUGGACAGUCCCUGAGGGCUCCUUUGACUCCUUCACGCUGCAGUACCGGGAUGCCCAGGGCCAGCCCCAGGCCCUGCCCAUGGAUGGAGGGUCCCGCUGGGUGACAGUGCCAGGGCUGUCACCAUCCCGCCGGUACCGCUUCCACCUCUACGGGCUCAGGGGAGGGAAGAGCAUUGACCAUGUCUCCACUGACAUCGUCACAGAUGCAGCAGUGACAGAGCAGCUGCCCCUACCCUCAGUGGAGCCCCAGCCUGAGGAACACAAACCUGAGCAACACCAAACUGAGCAGCCCCAAACUCAGCAACCCCAAACUGAGCAACCCCAAACUGAGAAACCCCAAACUGAGGCACCCACAUCUGAGGCUGCUCCAGUGCAGGCGGUGCUGGGGGAGCUGAGGGUGUCCAGUGUCAGCCCAGACUCUGUGCAGCUGCAGUGGAGCGUCCCCAGGGGCUCCUUUGACUCCUUCACGCUGCAGUACCGGGAUGCCCAGGGCCAGCCCCAGGCCCUGCCCAUGGAUGGAGGGUCCCGCUGGGUGACAGUGCCAGGGCUGUCACCAUCCCGCCGGUACCGCUUCCACCUCUACGGGCUGAGGGGAGGCAAAAGGACUGACCGUGUCUCCACUGACAUCCUCACAGCGAGUGAAGACCCUUUGCCCUUAGAGGAGCCCCAAGAGGAGAAGCUGCAGACCGAGUCUCCUUCAUCUGAGGCACCCCCGGUGCGACCAGCGCUGGGAGAGCUGAGGGUGUCCAGUGUCAGCCCAGACUCUGUGCAGCUGCAGUGGACAGUCCUUGAGGGCUCCUUUGACUCCUUCACGCUGCAGUACCGGGAUGCCCAGGGCCAGCCCCAGGCCCUGCCCAUGGAUGGAGGGUCCCGCUGGGUGACAGUGCCAGGGCUGUCACCAUCCCGCCGGUACCGCUUCCACCUCUACGGGCUGAGGGGAGGGAAGAAGAUUGAUCAUGUCUCCACUGAGGUCACAACAGCUGCAGAAGAGCCAGAGGAACUGCCCCUGCCCACAGAGGAGCCACAGCAUGAGAAACCCCAAACUGAGGCACCCACAUCUGAGGCUGCUCCAGUGCAGGCGGUGCUGGGGGAGCUGAGGGUGUCCAGUGUCAGCCCAGACUCUGUGCAGCUGCAGUGGAGCGUCCCCAGGGGCUCCUUUGACUCCUUCACGCUGCAGUACCGGGAUGCCCAGGGCCAGCCCCAGGCCCUGCCCAUGGAUGGAGGGUCCCGCUGGGUGACAGUGCCAGGGCUGUCACCAUCCCGCCGGUACCGCUUCCACCUCUACGGGCUGAGGGGCAGGAAGAAGAUUGACCAUGUCUCCACUGAGGUCAUGACAGCGAGUGAAGAACUCCUGCCCUCAGAGGAGCCCCAGCAGGAGAAGCCCAAAACCGAAUCCCCUGCAUCUGAGGCACCCCCAGUUCAACCAGCGCUGGGAGAGCUGAAAGUCUCCAGUGUCAGCCCAGACUCUGUGCAGCUGCACUGGAGCGUCCCCAGGGGCUCCUUUGACUCCUUCACGCUGCAGUACCGGGAUGCCCAGGGCCAGCCCCAGGCCCUGCCCAUGGAUGGAGGGUCCCGCUGGGUGACAGUGCCAGGGCUGUCACCAUCCCGCCGGUACCGCUUCCACCUCUACGGGCUCAGGGGAGGGAAGAGGAUUGACCAUGUCUCCACUGAGGCUGUGACAGCCACAGACAAGCCAGAGGAGCCACCCUCACCAUCAGAGGAGCCCCAAAGUGAAGCCCCACCAACUGAGGAGCAGCCUGAGCAGCCCCAAACUGAGCAGCCCCAAACUGAGCAGCCCCAAAAUGAGCUGCCCCUGGUGCGACCAGUGCUGGGGGAGCUGAGGGUGUCCAGUGUCAGCCCAGACUCUGUGCAGCUGCAGUGGAGCGUCCCCAGGGGCUCCUUUGACUCCUUCACGCUGCAGUACCGGGAUGCCCAGGGCCAGCCCCAGGCCCUGCCCAUGGAUGGAGGGUCCCGCUGGGUGACAGUGCCAGGGCUGUCACCAUCCCGCCGGUACCGCUUCCACCUCUACGGGCUGAGGGGAGGCAAAAGGACUGACCGUGUCUCCACUGACAUCCUCACAGAUGCAGCAGUGACAGAGCAGCUGCCCCUACCCUCAGUGGAGCCCCAGCCUGAGGAACACAAACCUGAGCAACACCAAACUGAGAAACCCCAAACUGAGGCUGCCCCUGUGCGGGCAGUGCUGGGGGAGCUGAAAGUCUCCAGUGUCAGCCCAGACUCUGUGCAGCUGCAGUGGAGCGUCCCCAGGGGCUCCUUUGACUCCUUCACGCUGCAGUACCGGGAUGCCCAGGGCCAGCCCCAGGCCCUGCCCAUGGAUGGAGGGUCCCGCUGGGUGACAGUGCCAGGGCUGUCACCAUCCCGCCGGUACCGCUUCCACCUCUACGGGCUGAGGGGCGGGAAGAGGAUUGACCAUGUCUCCACUGAGGCUGUGACAGGCGCCCCCGGGACCCUCUGGGUGGGCUCCGUGUGGCCCCGCAGUGCCCAGCUGCACUGGGACCCCCCACAAACCCCCCCUGAUGGCUACGAGCUGCAGUAUGGCCCCCCCGGGGGGGCCCAGCAGACCCUGUGGCUGCCCCCCGAGGCCAGGUCGCAGCAGCUCUGGGGGCUGGAGCCGGCCGGACGCUACGGGGUGCGGCUGUGGGGCCGGGGGGGAGCCCCCCAGAGCGCCCCCCUGGAGACCACCUUCGACACGCCGCCCCUGCCGCACCCGCACCCCCGGGACUGCGCCGAGGAGCAGCGGAACGGGCCCGGGCCCUCGCGGGAGACCCUCAUCUUCCUCGGGGGGGACCCCGCCCGGCCCCUCCGCGUCUUCUGCGACAUGGAGACGGACGGCGGCGGCUGGCUGGUGUUCCAGCGCCGCCAGGAUGGCAGCACCGAUUUUUGGAGGGGGUGGGAGUCGUACGCCCGCGGCUUCGGCAACGUCAGCGGCGAGUUCUGGCUCGGGAACGAGGCGCUGCACGCGCUGACGGCCGCGGCCCGCUCGGAGCUGCGCGUUGACCUGCGGAGCGGCCGCGACUCCGCCUUCGCCACCUAUCGCGACUUCGCUGUCGGCAGCGCCGCGGAGCGAUACCGGCUGCGGGUGGGGGCGUUCGGCGGCACCGCGGGCGACGCCCUCUCCUACCACUCGGGCAGCCCCUUCUCCACGCGGGACCGGGACUCGCGGGACCCUCGGGACCGCCGGGACCCCUCGGGGCGCCCCCACCCCCCGCCCUGCGCCGUGGCCUACGGGGGGGCCUGGUGGUACCGGAACUGCCACUACGCGAACCUGAACGGGCUGUACGGGACCCCCCGGGACCACCGGGGCAUCCACUGGUUCCCCUGGAAAGGCUUCAACGUCUCCAUCCCCUUCACCGAGAUGAAGCUGCGGCCCCAGCGAGACUGAGGGGGCUGUGGUCCCACAGUCUGGGGGGCUGGGGGGUCCUGACUGCUGGGGGUCCCAG